ACCGGUACCGACCAAACCGGUAAACGGUAUUGGCAGCGCAUCGAGGACGCCUACCUUAAGAUGAAGCCGAAGAGGAGUGGGUUCGCCUCUCGCUCAUUCCGGUCGCUUCAAGGCCGGUGGGACUUGAUGAAGCCGGCAUGUGCGCGUUGGAGUGCCGCCAUGGACCAAGUGAUGGAUGCGCCGCCGAGUGGCACCGUGGAGAGUGACUAUGAGAAGAUUGCCGGCUUGAGGUACAAGGAGAUGGCCGGCUCCAAGGGCAAAGAAUUCCCAUUCAAGCAUGUUUGGUCAAUUCUUCAAACAUAUGACAAGUGGAAGUUGAGAGAUGAUGAAACCGCACCGAAGAAGUCCGCAAUGCUUGACAUGGAUGAUCCGGAAGUUGAGGAGAGGAACUUGAACAAGCCCGAGGGAACCAAGAAGGCCAAGCUUAGGGUGAAGAUGGAAGGAGAGGCGGCUAGCCUAAGGGAGAAGAUGGAUCAUAUGAUGAAGGCAAGAGAGGCUUUGGCAACCAAGACGUUGGAGACAAAGCUUCUCAUCACCGAGCAAAAGAAGGUGGUCAAGCUUGCACACAUUGAAGCAAAGCGUGAGGAGGCAGCCCGCAAGGCCGACUUGGAGGAGAGGAUGCUCAAGGUGAAAGAAGCAAAGGUAUGGAAAGAACUCAUGGUGGAAGAGAAGGAGCACAUGAUGAUGUGCAAGAAAGACAUGGAUGAAGAGCAAUUGCAAUGGUGGAAGGAGUACAAGGAGGACAUCGCCGAGAGGAAGAGGAUGUUCCGAGGGUCCCCUAAACCCGAGAGCAAUUGCAAUGGUGGAAGAAGCAAAGAUAUUGUGAUGAAUAUGUGA